UAGUCACCAAUAUACAUAUUAUGAACUCUACACUGUUACCGUGUUGCCGAAAAGAUCGAUGUUUUUGUAGGAAACGUGUCCAGGAAUCAUCGGAACAUCUGUCUCUUCUCAAGGCAAUGGAUUUGUGUAGAUUGAGUCACCGAUAUACGUAGCUGUGAACUCUAAUAUGUUAUUCCGUAUGAAUGCUUAUGCUCUAAGGGCCCUAACAAUUUCUAUUGUUGUCCCCUUUUUUGGUAGGGUGAAGGGAAGAAGAAUUAUAAUGUUAUGAGAUGAAUGCAAGUGAUUGUGAUUAGAGUUUGUUGUGAUAGGGUAAGAGAUAAUACAAAUUGCCCAUGUUUUAAACUACGAAUGAGAUAGGAGGUUAGAUAUUUGAACUUUUAGGCAACUACUUCUUCUGGGAGUAGCAAAUGUGGACUAUCAAAAGAGUGUAUUUUUGAGGUUGUGAAGGAGACAAUAACAUCAUUUUCUGAUUACUACAAAAUGGACUCUGCGUCCUGAUACCUGAUUCCAGAGCAAUUUGAACAAUAUAGUGGCGAGACUCUGCUUCGAGCCGAUGACAAUUUUCGAUUCCAAUUUCCUCGGACUUGUGCCUUCACAUUUUUCUGUCAGGUUCAGGAUGAUGAAGUUGUUGAUAGCAAGAUCCUCCCUUAUUGCAGCAUAGACAAAAAGAAGGAGAAGACUGUUGGAGAGCUUGAACAAGAGUUUCUCCAAGCACUGCAGGCUUUCUAUUACGACAAAAAGGCUAUCAUGUCAAAUGAGGAAUUCGAUAAUCUCAAAGAAGAGCUGAUGUGGGAAGGAAGCAGCGUGGUCAUGCUAAGUCCCGAUGAGCAAAAGCUUUUGGAAGCUUCGAUGGCUUAUGUGGCUGGGAAGCCCAUAAUGACAGAUGCUGAGUUCGACGAACUGAAGAUGAGAUUAAAGAAAGAAGGGAGCGACAUCGUGCAGGAAGGUCCACGAUGCAGUCUUCGCAGUAGAAAGGUUUACAGUGACUUGUCGGUUGACUACUUCAAGAUGUUCCUCCUGAAUGUGCCUGCAGCUGUUGUGGCACUAGGAUUGUUCUUCUUCCUAGAUGAUUUGACGGGCUUCGAAAUUACUUACCUAUUGGAGUUGCCAGAGCCCUUCAGCUUCAUCUUCACAUGGUUUGCUGCUUUGCCUCUCAUAUUCUGGUUAGCGCAGACAAUUACUAGUGCUAUAUUGAAGGACUUUUUGAUCUUAAAGGGCCCAUGUCCAAACUGUGGCACUGAAAAUCUGUCCUUCUUCGGAACUAUAUUAUCUGUGUCUAGUGGUGGUUCCACGAAUACUGUAAAAUGCUCAAACUGUGGCACGGAAUUGGUGUAUGAUUCAAAAACACGUUUAAUUACACUUCCUGAACCAAGUGAGGCAUAAAGUUCAGGAAAAGAGGAAACCAAACUACAUCCGCUUCAUAUCAACCUUAUGGAGCUUGUCGGGGGAUCUGUGUGCAGUGCUAUAUCUCACUUUGUUCAACAGGAGCUUCAUAACUUGGUUAAAUGUACAUGUAUGUAUAUGUAUCUCUCGCUACGAAUGUAGUUAUCUAUGCCCCUUAUUGUGUAAAAAUCACAUUAGAGAUCAGGCAAUGUGAAUGAAAAACCAUGUAUUUUUCCAUGUAUAGAGAAACUGAUUGGAAAGAAAAAAUAACUUCUCGCCUUCUGUGUAGUAA